UCCUUCCCAGUUAUUUGUCCAAGUUUCCACUUCUUAUAAGCUUCCUUUUUGUGAUUAAGUUUUCAUUUGCUAACUGAAUUUCUCUACAAAGUCUUUCCAUCUCUAACCUUUAAUUAUUGCAUGGUCAGUGUGACAGGUCCACUUGUCUGUUCUUACCCAACUCCUAAAAUGGGGGAGCGGAAAAGGAAAAACAUACAGGAUCUAAACAAGAAUAAUAGGAUCAUGCUUCAAACAAGGCAGCCUACCAGGAAGAUCUUCAUUUGGGGAACGGUGAAGUGAAGGACAGUGUUGUAGCUUACAAUUUUGUGGAUCAACACUCUUAAGGAACACUUAAACACUGCUGAGUUAUAAAAUGUUGGCAUAAGGGCUCAUCUAAAUUGCAUCAAUGAUUUCCAGAACAAAGGCGCUUGCUCCAAAACCAGGAAGGAGGGAAAAAUAUCACUGCCAGCCCUGAAAUCUCUAUGGGGGGCUGUCUUCCUUCUCUUGCAACAUCCUCAGGCCAAAUCAGUGCCUCCCUUAUGCAAACCCAUUUAUUUUCUGUCAUGCUCAUGCUGCAGGUAGGCAGAUGUGACCAGUCAGUGUCUGCACAGUUGGAAGUGAUGGGAAUUGGUUAAAUAUUUCUGAUUUAUGCAUGAGGAGGAAUUGGGAACAGAUUAUCUGUGGUGUUUAUCUCCUCAGAGCUUAUGGCAGUAAAAAUACCUUUAUAUAUGUCAUAAAGCUCAGCAGGUAUAACUUUGCAAACACACGGGAGAUUCACUAUAACAGCCAGUUCUCAGAGUGGAGCUGCUCUUUAGCAGCUGGGAAAUUGCCUACAUCCCAUUCUGAUAUAUUAGAAGGGCGAUGCACACAGCCCAGUAGUGAAUGGGAAGCGUGGCUUUUAUUGCUGCCUUACUUAUUAAAAGUAAUAUUUAAAUGCCUUUACAGGCUAUGAAGUUAACUCCGGCGCUAUCAGUUGGAGGUGAACAAUCAAACCAUGGCCACCACCAUAGACAUGUGUGCCCAAAUCAUCAAUUUCCUAGAGCUUGGGGAUGAGAAGAGACGGACCUCAGCAGCGCACAGCAGGGCAAAAGCAUUAUGGUGCAUGUAGGUGCCAUCUUCUCCCACUGCCUAUGCUUAAGCAGGACUUGUUUUUAGAAGCACUGGGGCAGGAAAUGCCUAACACAUUUGUCACUGAUGACUCUCGUGAGCAAACACCCAGUACCAUGAGAGACUUAGCUAAUAGGACAGUGUUCAGCUGGCAUAACCGGUCAUAGCUCCAUUGAAACCAGCUGAACAGUAACAAUUUACCCCAGGUGAAAGUCUGCCCUGGGCUCAUUCUUACAAGUGAAAGUUGAGGAUUUAAUUCUCUACAGUGCUUUGAACAUUCACUCUCUUCUCCUUUGCCCCUUAAAAGGGUCAGUCCUAAAACAAAGCCCAUUUUAAAAGAAAUGAAUGUGGAAAAUGUGAAACAAAGACCACCUUUGACAGUGUAUUUUACAGAGCUUGUGGCAUAGAACAGGAGAGUGGAGGAGAAGCCAUUGUGUAUGUUGAGGAAGUCUAAGAAUAAAGAUUAUAGGGAAACAGUCUACCUUUCUUUACAAGGCCUUGAUUUACGUCCCUGAAAUCUCAAACUUAGCUAUUACAAUGAAGUCCUGUUGCAGACAGAGCAGCUUUUUUAUCACCACUUAAAAUCUAAUUAAUCCGUAUUGAAGCACAAAGAUUUCUGUUGUAUUUUAGGGUGAGGGGUCAUAGAGCCUUCUUUGUUCAUCCUCAGACUUGUAAUCAUCAGGCAUUGGGAUAUAAUUUUACCAAGCAAAUUGGAAGGUAACAGAUCAAAUCCUUAUCAGAAAGCCUAACUCAUGGUUUAGCAGAGUCCUCCGUCCUCUACAUGAAACAUUAUAUUCACCAAGAACAAAAAAGCAUUUCAGAACUUUCAAAGGGUUAAUAUCAAAAGCUUAUAUUCAGGGCAGCAGAGAACUAAGAGCAUCAUAGCUCCAACCACCACAAAAGAUAGGUGCUCUUAUAGAGCUGCAGGGUAGACAUUCCUCCUACAGCUCUUAGGAGACUGUUCUCACAAUGACUUUAGUCCAUAGAACUAUGAUGCAAUUAAGUGGCAUUUUGGUUUCUUUUUUAGGAUGGGUUCUAUCCUGCCUCACCACCUAUCUACCUCAAUGGAAAAAUCUCAAUUUAGAAUUAAAUGAAUUGGAGAUCUGGACCAUGGGACUCUGGCAAGCUUGUGUUGUCCAAGAGGAAGGAGGAAUACAAUGCAAGGAUUUUGAUUCUUUCUUGGCUUUGCCUCCUGAGCUCAGGAUUUCUAGGAUUUUAAUGUUUUUUUCCAAUGGAUUAGGACUUCUGGGCCUCUUGCUCUCAGGCUUCGGGUUGGACUGUUUGAAGGUUGGUGAGAGACAGCAGGAACUAAAGAAACGGCUGCUACUGCUUGGAGGAAUAGUAUUCUGCAUAUCGGGAAUUACAGCCAUAGUCCCAGUUUCUUGGGUUGCCCACACUACAGUCCAAGAAUUUUGGGAUGAGACUAUCCCAGAUAUUGUCCCCAGGUGGGAUUUUGGGGAAGCACUAUUUAUUGGCUGGUUUGCUGGAUUUUGUCUUAUACUAGGAGGGUUAUUGCUUAAUUGUACAGUCUGUUCAGCUGAAAUCCAUUCAUCCUCUGUCCAUUAUGCAGCAGCAGAAGUACAAGAUCACUGUCAACACUUGGAAACUGAAAAUAGACCUGAAAAUCUAAGAGCUUAAGAAGUGUAGAAGGACUCUUCUCUUUACAAACUCUGCUUGUUCCAGCAAUGAUUCAAAGGACUCUUUGUUACCUAGUUUAUUCACUAAACUUGUGUGUCUAAUUCUUUCUUCCUUUAACUGUUAUUUCAAAGCACUGUUUUCCCUCACUUGUGAAACAAAAGAUUUAACAGUUCUUCAGCAGGACAUUAAAGCUACCAUGGACUGUGGAGAAGAACCACCACAACUUUGUUUGCUGUCUAACUGAGCUGUGAAACCCCCAAAAAGAAUAAGCAUGCUCUUUUUAUAGUUUGGUUGACAGCCAAAAUGUAAGUUUCUUUUUCAUAUGAAAUCAAUUAAAUGAGAUUCAGAGCUUU